AUGGCGGUGGGAGACGCAUACAAGGCCCGGAUGGCCGAACGGAAAGCCAUUGGGGCUAAUCGAGGCGACCUCGAGGCCUCCAAAGCCGCCGGUGCCGAGGGCGCAGAGAUCGAGCGCAUCGAGGACGUGGCAGCCGACAAGCAGAAGCCGAGCAAGCGGCAGCGGAUGAAGCGGCAUUGUGCGCGGUUCUGGUGCUGCUAUUUGCUAGCUGGGAUUAUCUUCCUGGCUAUCUUUCUGCCGGUGUUCUUCCUCGUUGCAAUCCCUGCUAUCGCGCAGCGUCUUGUGGAGGAUACAAACCUCCCCGUCUACGCAGCGGAUAUCACAAACCCCAAGCCGGGCGCCGUCACAUUUAAGCUCAGCACCGGCUUGACGAUCCCUCUGCCAGGUGUAAGCGUCAAGCUGAAAGCCUUCGACCUGAACCUUUUCAACAGAGACUCCGACCCGGAGGUCAACUACCUCACGAUCCCCAUCCCCGAUGAAACCGUCAAGGGCAAGACGGAUAUCAGCGUUACGGGCGGGGACAGGCCUGUUCUCGAUGAGGACGAGUUUGUCAAGUCUUUGACGAAAGCUGUUUACUCGAAAAGAUUUACCUUGUCUGCUAUUGGCAAGACCACCGCGUAUAUCGGGGCAUUGAAGGCGGGGAUUACCCUUGAUAAAGAUGUGGAACUGGAUGGGCUGGACCAGCUAAGCGGUUUCUCAAUCGACGAGGCUGCCCUCCUCCUGCCAGCCUUGGAAGAUGGCUCGAAUCUGCGCGGCAAGGCAACCCUGCCAAACCACUCUGUGGUCACAUUUGCACUGGGCAACGUAACCCUAAACCUGAAAUCCGAAGAUAUAGUCCUCGGCACAGCCCUCCUCCCAGAUGUAACCCUGCGACCAGGAAACAACAGCGUCGCAUUCACGGCGAUAGCAGACAUCAACUCCGCAAUUUCAAAUAUCGGGCCCAUCCUGUCUUCGCAGAAGGACUCGUUGAGAAAGGGCGAGAUUGCGCUCUCUGCCUCAGGGAACCAGACCGUUUACGCCGGAGAGCAUAUACGGUAUUUCGAGCGCGUGCUGAACGAUCUCACCAUAACAGCGAGUGUUCCGAUACUGCAAAUUGUGACUGAUACGCUGGGUGAUUUUAUGGGCGAGGGGUCUGAGGGCGUUAUAGGUGCCGUGACGGAUAUCUUCAACAAGAUGGAUUUCGCGACGCUGUUCAAAGAUGUGGAUUUUGAUUCACUUUUUGAUGACGUUGGCAAUAUCGUCAAUAACUUGAACCUGGGCCAGUUGGUUAAAUCGGAAGACCUGAAUGCGCUUCUUAAAGGGAUUGACUGGGAAAAGGUCGCGGCUGGUGUAGGGAGUAUCCUCUCCCAGCUUGACCUGGGUGCCUUCUUGGAGAAUAUCGAUUUUUCAGGGUUGUUGCAGAGUAUUGACUGGAAUAGCCUCCUGCAGGGCGUGGCGGAUCUGCUGCAGGAUAUCGACUGGGAUGCAUUGUCGCAGACGCUGAAUACGAUUCUCGAGAGCGUGGACUGGAGUGCGCUGUCGGAGCAGAUCCAGCCUGUGCUGGACAAGUUGGAUCUCGGUAGUAUCGUGUCGAAUAUUGACUUUGGGGCGAUAUUCGAUAAUCUGGGUCCUCUGCUGGAGAAGGUUGAUUUUGGGGCGAUCUUUGAGAAUCUCGAUUGGGGGGCUGUUAUUAAGGGUGUGGGCAGUUUGCUCAAGAAUGUCGAUUUAAGUGGUCUGGUUGAUGGGUUUGUGCAGGGACUCAAGAGUCUGGAUCUGGGGAGUAUCCUGGAUCAGAUUGAUAUUGGGGGUGUGAAUAUUGGCGAAGUCCUGGGGGGUCUGGCGGACAAUGCUGGGGGCAAUGCGACGAGUCUGGAUGAGGCAGUGGACAACUUCAGGGACGUGGUGGAUGAUAUUGCGGGCGGGAACUCUACGAGUGCUUAA